CAAGGAAAUUGUUUUAAAUUUAUUUCUUGCUAUUCGAAAAACUUGUUCUUACAAGAAGAAGAGCAUUGGACAUCGUUUUGUGUACUUAAGAGGUCGGCAUGGCUCCUUCCUCUUCCCAUGGACUCUCUCCUGCCCUCUCCGGGCCCAAAACAUUGCACUGCUAGAUAACGCAAGGAAUCGAGGAUGCAUAGAAAAGCAUGGCGCUUCAUUAUUCAUUUUGCCAUUUUGAUAAUCCUGACAAAGGGCGAGCUUCCUGGUGAUUCUCCUAAAAGAGAAGGGGUAGAUCGAUCCCGCGGGACAUCAAGUAUUUACCUUCAAGGAAAUUAUUGUGGUACAAAUCAGUGCUCUCAGGGACAGUCACAGGAACUUUCUGAAGAGGUGUUAUUCAAAAAUGGCCACAAAAAGCCGUUUGGUUCUCAUCGCCCGCCGGAUGGUCGCGUUGAGGAGUUACCAUUUAUGAUCUCAUCCGAGGAUUUUUAUAUGAAGUAUGUGAUCAAACACAAGCCAGUCAUCUUUAAAAAUGUAGUGAAACACUGGCCAGCGUUUUCCAAAUGGACCGAUGAAUACCUGAACACAACGUGGGGCAAUAUCACAUUCAAAAUGGAAACUAAAGACGAUGACAAAAAAAACAUACCCAAGGACCAAACCAUGUCGGAGUACUUGACACAUUACAAGGGGAAGCGAUACCUGGUCGAUGAGGUCCACCCUGAGAUGCAAAAAGACAUCAUCCUGCCUCUAGCGCUAAGAUGCGAAGAGAUCAGCAAUUAUUUCUUCGUGUCCUUCCUGUUCAUGAGUAAUGGCGGCACAUCGUCAAAGAUUCACCUUGACACAGAUGAGAACCUGUUGUCUGUCAUUCGGGGACACAAAGAAACGAUCUUGGUCCACCCAAGAUAUUCAGCUGACUUGUACACCGAUGACGCGGAUUUGCUCGGAGUGUCAGACAUAGAUCCCCUUGCUGUGGACAUGAUCAAGUACCCCCGGGUUAAGAAUGUACGCUACUUGUUGGCAUCCAUGGACUCGGGUGACGCGCUCUAUAUUCCACAGAUGUGGUGGCAUCAAGUCGUCUCUAGGCGUGAAAAGCAGCAAGCGGUCGCAAUGUGGUGGAAAUCCAAACCCUACGUGAACAAACAAGAGGGAAGUUCUUUCCCCUUGAAGAACAGCAAGCAACGAAAUGAGAAACCGAGUUUCUCGUACGCGCAAGCCCUGUCUGAUUACGAAGAUUGGGUACAGGAUGUUGCACCAAGUGUCCCGCGAAUUGCGUGCAACUCUCAGCAGCGAUACAUGAAUGAGUAUCGAUUCGAGACGAGUAAAGACCCCGACUCGGCAACGCUGGGAGAUGGCGGAGACAUCGAGGAGAUAAUGCUCAAAACAGAUUCAUUUGCCGACAUCGUGGCCCUUAGAAAUCGACAGAAAGAGCAAAUGAAGACCAACGAAGAAAUAGAUCUCAGAGAAUUACCGUGCGACUUUGACCGGUUGAACCCCAAGAACCCUUGUAGUGUGAAGGCGUGUGUGAACUUUGACGAGGAAAACAUGGAGUGCUUGCGAUAUGUUCUUGACUACUGCAAUGAGUUUGCGGACCGAGGAUGCGUGAUUCAUCUACCUCACUUGCUUAACAAGAAGACGAGAAAGGAAUGGAGAGACUUACAUGAGAUGGAUACCCUGUACGGGCGUGGUGACAAGGAAGAGUUGUGAGUCCGGCAAAAAGAUGUUGACAGACAAAAGGAUAUGGACAGUCAGAGGGAGGUGUGAAGUACAUGCCGCGACAAACAGAUGUUGUAAAAUCGGAUAAAUAGAUGGUUAAGGAAAGGUAGAAAGGUACAGGCAGGGUUUUUGAGCAAUGACGGGAAAGGCAAAAAAAAAAAAUACGUCUUUGAUGGACUGCUACUACGUCCUGCACUGUGAAAAGGUCAAUCCAGACCAACAGACAUUUUAUACACCUAUUUCAAAUAAAAUUGCACCCGCGAAUCAAUGUUA